UCGCGAGAGAUGAAUUUAACGCAAUUUACUCACCAUAUAAGCCCCAGGAAGAGACAAUACCAUCUGAGGGCAUUUCCAUGGUCGAUAAACCAGAAUGCAAUGACAAAGAUCUCAUAGAUGAUGGUGAGCUGUCCUCACUGGCGGAACUAUCCUUUCAAUUAGCAUUGAUCCCAACUUGGGCGGUUGCUGCGAAAUCGAGGGCGGCCAUGCUCCUACCAUCCUUUCUGCAG